ACGAAAGUGGAUAGGAAGUAGAAUUUCAUCUUUCAUGUUUUUAUUUUUUUUAAUAAGUGAAAAAUUCAUCCCCAAGGUGUUACACACGGAUCGCAGCGACCUGUCCAACCCCCCGUCAACUUCAGCAGCUGAAAAUUUGGUUCAUAACGUAUUUUUUGAUGCUCUAUCCGCCUGUGAAAAUUUUUUUUCGAUCGGCUUGUCAGACCUUGGAUAGCUCCCUUGUCAGAAUUCCUAUAACCAAUCUUGAAACUUCCUCUAUAUCAGCCAUACACACAAGGUCCAUCCUUGUAAAAAACAAGGGUGACUUUCUCUUUGUCGUCGUCUUCUUUCUUUUUCUUUAUUUUCAAAGGUUUAUUUUCAAAGGAUCAAGAUCUUCACGCUAUCGACAUGAGACUCGAUAGAUACCCAUCGCAUUCGUUGGAUACCUGUUGCUGUGAUAACGUAAUUUUCCUGUCUGUUAUACUUUCAUGUGCACUUGUUAAAUUUCAAAACUGAUUUUUUUUUCAUCGAGAUAAAAACUUAUUGUUUUCAUAUUUUUUGGUGAUAAGUGUUUAAUAAUCUUGUACUGAAUUCCGCGAUUAAAAUUAUUUAUGCAUUGUUUAUAUGUGUCGUCGAGAUAAAAACUGAUUUUUGUGGUGAUAAGUGUUGAAUUCCAUUAAUUAAAAUUAAUCAUGGAGAAGGAGGAUAUUUCAUCAGAAACCGCUGGAACCGCUGGUACCGCUAAAACCACUGGCAAGAGGGUAAGAAAAGAGAACAUCUGUUUCUUCUGCAAGGGUGCAAUGAAGCGUCCUUUGAGGCAUUUCCAGCAGAAGCACAGUAAGGAAGCACCAGUUAUUGCCAUAAUGAAUAUAGAAGACCCCAUAAAGAAGAAAGCAGCUACUGCCAAGUUAAUCGCCGCUGGCAACUGGCAGCACAACGAGGUUGUGUUGAAAACCAUGGAGGGGGACUUGGUCCUCAAAAAGAAGGAUUCCAAGGUAGUACCAGUUGAGGAGUUAGUUCCCUGUGCGUAUUGCAAGCAGAUGUAUCGCAGCGCUUCCCUGUUCAAGCACAGCAACCGAUGUGCUGAAAAUGUCGAAAAAAAAAAAGGCGAUGCACUGCACCAAGCCCGCCAGAUUCUUCCGUUGCAUGCAUCAGGCGCCUCCAGGAAGACCCAGGAAUAUGUUUUAAAGCGAUUACGCCAGGAUGAUGUUAGAGAAGUAAUCAUGGCGGAUAAAUUUAUCCUUACCAUGGCCAACCUUUUAGUUGAAGGUUGCUUCAGCAAUCCCAACUACAAAAAUCUGCGAGCGCGAGUUCGAGCAUUUGGCAGAUUCCUGCUUGCAGGAAGGACUGUCACCCAGCGGCCCAACAUGUCUUUCCAAGAGCUGCUCAUAGAUCUCCAUGAGCACCUCCUUCCCAUCAUGGAAUUAUACACAAAGGAUUUCAAGUUUUAUAAUAAUACCGAUUCCCUCCACGCCGAUCUGCUUCGAGCAUACGAGGAACUGUUUACCAGUUGCGAGGCAGAUGACGUGGAGAAGCUUUGGGAAAAAGCCCGGCGUCGAUUCCAACACAAAUAUAGAAUAAUAAUCAGAAAAAAAAUUACCUACUACAAAAACAAUAGUGAGAGGUAUCGUGAAACAGAGAUACCCACCCAAAAGGAGUUCCUGAGCCUAUAUGAAUUUGUAACCAAAAGAUUACAAGAAGCGUUAAAAAAUAAGGAUUCCGACGAUUACCAUGAUUACCAGGAGUUAUGCAAGUACACCAUCGUAAAAAUCACUAUGCAUAACUACAGGCGGGGCAAUGAAGUCGCCCAAAUGACUUUAGAAAAUUAUGCUCAUAAAUCGAAGUACGACCCCUCCAAGUAUGAGGGGGUAGAAAUGGGGGCUUUUGAAAAGACGUUGGGAAAAGCGAUGGAACUGGUUAAAUUGAAAGGAAAAAGUGCCCAACAUCCCACGGUUACUGCGUUACUGUCCCCUAUGGAUAUUCAGGCUGUGGAGGCUGUGUUGGAGAUGAGAAAAUUCCAUAUAGGAUCCAAAAGUCGCAAUAUUCAUGUUUUUGCGACUAAAGGAUAUGCUCUUGAGCACACAGAAGGGCCAAGGUCAAUAAAGAGUGUUGUAGAAGAAGCAGGCUUUAAAAAAGAGAAAUGCUUCGUUGCAACCAAUUUUCGGAAAUUUUGCGCCACUUGGCUGAGCUGGAAAGAUAUUCCAGACCAACAAAGAAACGUGAUAUAUGAACAUCUUGGUCACACUGAACGAAUCCACAAAGCAGCUUACCGAACAAAUGCUGAUAUGGCAAAAACUACGAUUGUCCCAGCAGAGCUUUUCAAGACGAUUUUCAAAAUAGACGUGCCGAAUGAUAUUACCGAAUAUGAGGCUCAAGAACUUAUUUACCAAAAAAUGGCUGGAUUUUAUACGUCAGAUGAAAAAUUCCCAGAAGAAGAACCAACUGACAACUUACCUUCAACUUCAAGUGAUGCGCUAAAUGAAAAAUUCCCAGAAGAAGAACCAACUGACAACUUACGUUCAAGUUCGAGUGAAGAAACUUCUAUUUCUCCCCCCGAAGCUGCUGUCAUCCCUCAACAUCAAGUUUCUCCAAUUUCACACCUCCAAACUGCUACAUCAUCCUACUCAGCAGAUUCUUCUACCAAUUAUCAGAUCUCCUCAAAGUUCACUGUGGAAACUGAUAUUACUUCUUCGUGCUUUCGUGCUCCUUCUCCCGAACAUCAGGUUAUUCCAAAUUCGACCACACAAACUUCAUCUAUCUCCCAUUUUGAACAACCUUCCUUUCCAUAUCCAGAAUCUUCAAACCUACCCAUUCCUAUCUCAAAUUUUACUGUAUUACCAUCCACUGCACCCCUCUUUGAAUAUCCUCAUUCUCUCUCAGGUAUCCCCUUAUCCAAUCACCUUCAACCUCUACAUCCUUUGAAAGAUUUUUCUAUCAUAUUAAAUCAACUUCCUCCCUGUACACUUACUCCAUUGCUCCCAGUGUCCCCUUAUUCAUCGUCGUCUACUUUGUCUGAAUUGCCUAUUCCAAUACCAAAAACGCCAUCUGCAAAUAACAGUCCUGCAGUUGUCGGGGAAAAUCCCAUUACGUUGCAAACCCUAAGAAAAAGACUGUUCUCUGACAGAAUUGAAGAUAAUGAAAAUCCUGACAGUGGUGACAGUAGCACUAAUGAAGAGGACUGCGAUGAGUAUCUUUCAAGUGAUGAUAUUUUCCCGACAUCGCUCUCUCCCCUUUCUUGCAGAACUUGUAUUAAUACACUUUUUUCAGAUAAAACUGCUCCAUCGCCUGCUGAACAGUCGACCAUGAAAACGCCAACAAAAGCACAACAGAACACGACGCAGAAUAAAUUUAAAACGCGAAAUUUAGAAACCCCCGUAAAAAACCUUACUAAUAAAACUUCUCCAUCGCAUGCUAAACAGCCGACCAUGAAAACGCCAACAAAAGCACCACAGAACACGACACCAAAUAAAUUAAAAAAACGAAAAUUAGAAUCCACCGUAAAAAAUCUUACUUGUACAACUUCUCCAUCGCCUGCUAAACAGUCGACCAUGAAAACGUCAACAAAAACAAAAUCAACACCAAAGAAAAAUAAAAAAAGAAAAUUUGAAAGCCCAGUCAAAAACCCAAGCAGUAAGAGUUCUUGGCCAGAUCCAAUAAAAGAAAUUCUGGCUAAAGAAUUUUACUGGGAGUUAUCUGAAAAGCAGCCAAUAGAUGGACAUAAGCUGCACAGAGUGCGAUCCCAGAUUGGAAAACAAUUCCCCUACUUCACUCCCACCACUCCAACGAUAAGAACAUUUGUGAGCUGCAAUUUCAAGCGCACGAAAACGUUCGGGAAGUUCAUGGACAAGGCAAGGAGGUCACUUAAGUUAGAUUAAUUUUUAGUUAUACUGGCUAAGUGCCUAGAGAAGACAAACUGGACGUUUUCACCUGCAAAAAUUCAAAUUUUUUGUAUUUGUAUAGAAGCAUUGUUUUUGAAAAUUUCUGAUUAUUCAACAUUUCUGCUUCCAAUUCCCCCUUCCAAAAUUUGUUCAAACCACAUUCAUAGCCAUUCUGGAGCUUCCAGCACAAUUUUUAUUCUUUCCAGAAAUAGAAUUUCAAAAAUUCAAAAUUACUAUAUUACUUGUACAGAAGGUGUGGAAAUCAAUUUGGACAACUAAAAAUUGUGGUGUAGAUACAUACCUGAAAAUCUGCUCAAUUAAGGAAACAUAUCAAAAAUAAGCCUCGAUUUUUGACCCUUCAAAUUAAAAAAAAAUUUAAUUGAGGAAAUCGCUCCCUAUUCAUUCACAACUAGAGAUUUUGUUAAUUUUCUGUCACUAACAAAAUCGCUCUUCUAGGUGGUCGACAAGAAACUCUUGUGUUGAGCAUGUAACACUUGUACGUUGCUCCCAAUUAAUGAGUAAUGCCUAGCUUCAUUACUUCAAUUGGUGGUCGACAAGAGACUGCACUAAUUUCUUUCUUUUCUCUGAAAUUAAAUUUUGUAGUCGCUCUCCUAGAUGGUUGUUAUUUCAUUUGUCUUUCGCUUUGAAUUAGCAAUAUCAGAUCAACAGCAAGGUAUCCAUGUGUAAACUGUAAUGUGCAUGAUUUACAUAGCAUGAAUGCCGAAAAAAACCUUGUUGGAGAUCUGCAUUUCUAUUUUUUUAAAAAAAAAACCGAUCUACCCGAUGCUAGCGAUGGUCAAACAAUAUUCAAUUUUUUUUUAAUUUUUUUUUUCUAAGAUUACGUACUUACCUAUCAAAAAACUUCCAAUUUUCAAAAUUUUUCAUUCCCAAAAUUUUUAAUUAUUUUUUUUAGAUAUCUUUCAUUCAAAGGGUGAUAUGCGUAUUUGCGUGGACCUCAUUUUGUAAAAGUUGGAAUUGGCCACCUCCUCUCCCCCCACCCCCCUUAAAUUUGUUAUGUAAGACGUGCUGGUAGCCCCUUAAGGUUGAAGAUUUUUUUAAAAAUUGAAUUUUAAAUUUUUUUUUGUUUCUGAGCCAGAAUUUUUCUAAAUAAUCCUAUUUUCAAGAAUAAAGUUUUCCCGGUUCUUCAAACCAUAAGCUUUUUUUCAAGAAAAUCCCCCCCCCCCAAUUCUCCCAAAUGAUGUUGGUUUCCUUGUAAAGCCCUUCAAAGUCGAAAAAAUCAACAAAAAAAUUAUAAUUCAUAUCUGUACAAAUUUUUUGAAAAUGUUUCAUUUCUGGGAAGAGUACUUUGAAAAUUUUUCCAUUUAUUGAGAAAGCAUAUCCAGUAUGUAAGUUAGAGAUUUUAUAACCAUCAGUAAAGCAUGAACUGAAUUCUGUGUAAUUUGAUAUGAGUCAUAUAAAUUUAGAAACGAACUUGACGAAAAUUUCAAAGUUCGCCAAACUGGUUGACUUUCUAGAUUAAAACUAAACAUAAUGUAAAUACAAUUGCAGCAUUUCUGAAAAUAAAAUCGGAUUUAUAUCCACUUUUUUUCUAAAAAAAUUAGAUAUUUACUUUGUAAGACUGAUUAUUUUUAUUGAAUAUUUUGUUAAUUUUUCUUUUGUUAAAACUUUUAUAAAUAUACUGAAGAAAAAAGUAUCGUACUUGGAAUUUAUUUAUCAGUUGCAAAACGAGCGAUUUAUUUAUUUUUGGAACAACAUAAACACUUACCUACCUACCUACACAGAUUGUUGUUGCACCUUUUAAG